CUUUCCCCCACCUCCUUUUCCCCACGCGGUAGCGGUACAAGAAGAAUAAAGGCCUUGUGGAAAAAAAAAAUACUAGACACUGAAAGCCCAACCCUCUCCUCCUCUCAUCUCUUCCUCCUCCAGUCUCCCGAUCUCCGCAGCAGUCGCGAGGGUUUAGAGCUCGUAGGGUUCACGCCUUGUUGUUGUGCACUGUGCUGCGGUGGCAGGUGGUUGUGGACUUGCGGGCCUGGUCGCGUGCAGUGCGCCAUCCCACUCCCAUGGCGGCGCCGUGGUGGGCGGCGGCGCUGGUGACGCUAGGCGUCGUGGGGUUGGCGGCGGGACCCCGAGGCUGCGCCGCGCAGCCGGUGGUGCUGGCCAGCUACGCCCAGCCCAAGCUCUCGCUCAGGCCCUACGACUGGACCUACCUGCGCGUUGACUUGCCGGCAUCAUUUUCUUCUAUCACCAUGAACUUUGCAACCGACAGAGAUAUUCCCAGGGAGCACUUAAGAGAUCUUCCGAAAAGUGAUCUUGCUAUCAUCUGUUUGAUGAUUGCCAACCCUCCUAUUCCUGAUACAUCUGAUUAUUAUUUGGACAAUUUAUUAUCAAACUUUCUUGCUGUUGGAUCUUUUGGCAAUACGAAUAACCAAUCAAAUCUGGUUCAGUGCAUACCAUUUCAGAAGAACACAACGAUAGUGUUAACAAAUGGCCAGAUAUCGCCAGGGAUUUGGUACAUUGGUUACUUUAAUGGCCUUGGACCUGCUCGCACACAAUCAAAGAUGAUUAGCCGAGGGAGAGCACUAUCAGUGAGCACUAGCAUUACGGUAGAAGGUUGUCCUACUUCAGCACUAUGGGGACCCUACUGCAACCAAACUAUUGAAACUAUUGGUUGUUCUCAGUUUUCAAGAUAUAACAACUCAAGAGAUCUUCUAGGUCUGACUAUCAACACCCGGAAAAUAUUGAAAACUAAAGAAAAUACUAGACGUACCAGCUUCUUAUCAAGGUCGAACCAUCCAAUAGGACAUCAACUCGAGUCCAACAGUACUAGCGUAGUGGGAGUGGAGAAUUUGAUCACUUGUGCCAUUUCAAAUGACUCACUAUGCCUCAGGCAAGGCGAUAUAAAGUUUUACUUCUUGGAUAUAGUCAACCAAGCACUGCAAUUUGAAAUUACAGCUGCAAAUUUUAGAUUAUCCCAAAGUGCAUCCUUAAUCUGUUAUCUGCGCUGCAACGCCUUACCUCAGAGAGAUUUGCACGAUUAUUCAGGUGAUAUUAGCAGUGCUCCCUUGGUUAUAAAGCUGCCAAAUAUUGGACGAUGGUAUAUCGCAAUUGAGAUUCUGAACAAGACACAGAUGAGAAAUACAACCGCACCUAUGCUGGAUACAAUUUGUUUCUCAUUUGAUUGGCAAGUAACUGGAUGUCUGAAUGGAAAAACUGGAACCGACUGUUUAUGGGAAGCAUAUGUGCUACAGAGAGUUCCUAAAAGAAAUCCUUCUGUUCCUUUUGAGUCAUAUUAUGUUCCUACUGAUGAGAGGGCAUUGCUGGAAUAUAGUCACUUCUCGCUCGAAAAGUUCUUAACCAACUCAUCCUUUGAGCAAUUUGCAUGGACUUAUUUCUUUUUGGAUGUUCCCCAAGGUUCAGCAGGUGCACUUAUUCAUGUCCAGCUAAAGUCAGAUAAAGAAUUGAAUUAUGAGCUGUACUCAAAAUAUGGUGGUCUACCAUCAAAUGAUAGUUGGGAUUAUUACGCAAGCAGGACAAGCAGCAGUAACAGUUCAGUAUUCUAUUCGCUACAGAAUUCCACGGAUUCAGACAUGGAUCUAUCUAUUUUCUAUGCCAAGGAGGGAACUUGGUGCUUCGGAGUCAAGCAUCCAAAUUAUACUUCAAAUUCUCAGACAUAUAUGUCUAUAUCUCUUCAGGGAUGCCAUAGAAACUGUAAUCAGAAAGGUGUUUGUCAUGCUUCAGUUGAUGAAAGCGGGUUAACAUUCUACAGCUUCUGCACUUGUGAUCGUGAUCAUGGUGGGUUCGAUUGCAGUGAUGAAUUAGUUUCACCUAAUGGGCACAUCAGGCAGUCUGUCUUUCUAAUCGCAUCAAAUGCUGCAGCAAUUUUACCUGCCUUCUGGGCCCUCCGGCAAAAGGCGUUCGCCGAAUGGAUUCUUUACACGUCUAGUGGAAUUUCUAGUGCUUUGUACCAUUCAUGUGAUGUGGGCACCUGGUGCAUACUAUCUUUUCGUGUAUUACAGUUUUUGGACUUCUGGCUUUCAUUCAUGGCUGUUGUUGGUACAUUCAUAUAUAUGGCUACAAUUAAAGAAGCUUCAAAGCGAGCAAUGCAUACUGCUGUGUUUAUUCUGACAGCUAUUUUAGCUGCAACUGGUGCCACCAGAUCUGCCAAUAUUGGUAUCGUCAUUGCUAUUGGUUCAUUUGGCCUGCUUAUUGGAUGGAUAUUGGAAUUCUCUACCGCACGAAGAUUUGUAUGCUGCUCGUGGCGAAUUAACCUCAAUGUGCCCCAUAGAUGGCCAAACCUCGCGGCUUUGUUCUGGAAUACUCUGGAGAUGCUGAACAAGCGGUUCCGUUGGCUGUAUUUACUUUUUGGUCUCAUUACAUUAUCUUUUGCAGCUUUAAGCUGGAAGCUAGAAUCAAAUAGUAGCUAUUGGAUUUGGCACAGUAUGUGGCACAUAACUAUCUACACAUCUUCAUUCUUCUUCUUAUGUUCAAUGCGUGUCAACACUACGAAUCAUAGUCCGGAGACAACCUAUGAGUUGACGAGGCAAGAUACCUUGCCAACGACAGAGUCAAGUCAGACCUAAGGAGUAUCGGGAGAACUGUGCUCCAUACCUUCUGGUGGCAAACUAGAGAUCUAUGGACAAAGGUCUUAUCUUACUACAGCGAAGAGCUUGAUACCAGAUUCUUUCUGGCAGGAUAUGCAUGUGCAAGCCUCAUUAUACCGUAAAUUUGUACGUACAUAUAUGGCUUCCGUGCAAUUUGGGAUGUAACAAUUAUUUGAGGGAUAUUGGGACUACAUGUAAAUUGGUUGUCACCUGCAUCACAUAAUAAUUGUAGAUAGCAUGGUGCAGGGAAAACAUUGAUUAGGAACUAGGCAGAUCACUCGAUUGGGUGUCACAGCUAGUCGGAUGAUAUGGGUGGAAAACAAGUAGGCAAGGGUACCCAGGUUCAUGCACUCUCGGUGGAUGUAAAACUCCUUCGUGCUUGAUUGUAUUGAUGGGUGGGGUGUACAAAGUACAGGGAUGAUCUUGGGGUGUCUUUGAUUGGCGAACCAAAUGCAAUGUAAUGAAAUGGUUCCAUUCUAGUGGACCGGGUCGGUUUCAUUCUAGUGUUUGGUAGUAGGCAAAAAGUAUAAUGGGUUGGUUUUGCUCCUGUAUUUGGUUAAAGAGUUGUAAUGUAAAGUAGAAAGCAUAAAAUUUGAAUUUUUGUUUGUA